ACAGCAAAGAUGGGCGCCGUGGCCGAGGCGGCGCUGCGCUGCUCGACGGUGGUGCGCGCUGUCCUCCAGCGGCUGCCCGCCGAGGACCUCUUCCUGUGCGCACGCUACGACGAGCUCUGGGAACGCGUCGCCGCCACGCUGCUCAGUCGGAGGCUCAGCUUCUUCGCGUUGCUCCAGGACGGCGACGUCGGCAGGGCCACCUCGGAGGAACGGGAGCUCGUUCAAGAACUUCGGUGGCGCCUCGGGCUGGCCGAGAGGGCCUGCCGACGACCCGCCUCCGCCAUCGUGUUCAGCUGCUGCGACAAGUCUUACGAAGCGCGCGCUGUGGCGUCGUGCUUCCCCGACGGUACGAGCGUCGCCCAGGUCGAUGUCCUCUGCCCCGUCCACUUCCAGAAGCGCGGGGUCAAGGAGAGGCUCGCGGCUCGCCUCUGCGUGCUGGUGUUGUUCGAUAGGCCCGGCACCGAAUUUCAGAGCGAAUGGCUCCCGUGCGUCGGAGGCCACUUGGUGGAGGACGUCGAGGCCGCAUCGACGGCCUCGAGGGACGUGGCGUCGCUCGACAGCGUCAAACGUCGGCGUUGUCACUGCGGCCCGAGGAAAGUCACGUACCGUCACCUGAGGACGGGCCAGGCGGCUCGGUUCGCCCUCUAUGCAAGUAGCGUGUUCAACCGGAGAACGUUUCGGAGGCCACCCAGUUUGUACCAUGUUCCAAGCUGCGUUCUGGGCACCACGCGUGUCAGGGUGCUCAAGCACUCCGCCGGCAGCUGCUACGGAGUUCCUAUCUGCUGGGGCACCACUCUUUUCGGAGGCAAGACGAAGGCCGCCUCCGUCAAGUACCGGGGCUCCGCGACGGACGUCCAGGUGUCCAGACACUUGUCCGGCGUUAGAAGAGAGUUCGGUAGCGUCAGAGACGCCCUGGUACUUUUCUUUCAAGAGGAUGCCCUCAACGCUCCCGCCACGGAGGUCAUCUGGAGCGUGUUCGGUAACGCCGCGGCCGUUCUGGGAAUGGCGGCGAGUUCACUGGCUCUGGACGUGAACCGCGUGGCGUUUAACCUCGAUCCGGUCAGUGACGCUGAGUCAUCGAAACGCCUGGAAACACCCGUCGUUGUAGCCGUCCUUCGAAUUUAAUGAGCUAGAG